CUAGCAUUGGCUUUAACAAUACGUGCAGUCUCAGCUGACUGGAAACCAAAACACACACGAGUGUCCCAGUCAUGACGCUAAAGCUGAACUUUUGCACGCACUUUUGUCUGUUUGCGCUCACCAAACAGGCGACUUUGGCUAACUGCAUAUGGCUGAUAUCUUAGCUUACUUCUAUUCAAAACAGUUGAUUCUCCGACACCACUUUGUGCUCUAGUAAAGCGGGCUAAUCUUGUGUGUUAGCACGUCGGGCUAACACUGCUGCCACUCUUGCUACAAGCAGAUUAGGAAACACGAUGUCGUGCAGCUGGUGUUGUUUUGGGAGGUGCGGCCAUAACAGCAGAUCUACAAACGCUGUGCUCACAUGCCGCUCGUUUACGCUGUGACUUUAGGCUGGUCUGAGAUCAGCGGAGCGCUUGUUUUGGCAGAGCCACACGUCCCCGAAACAGUUUUCCACCUACUUCGACCUCUUAGCUCGCUUGUCCUCUGCAUGGACUGCGUGUUGCAAACUCCUCCACCAGCCGUGGCGUCCGCAUGGACAGGGUCGGAUUGUAGCUGCAGGGUCGGUCGUGCUGUCAGGUUUUCCGUAUGGCCGGAGCUUGCUGCAAGUGUCCAGUUUCUCUGUCCGUGUUCAAGCGCUCUCUCUCGGUGGCGCCGCGGGGCUGCAGCUCCGCUCCUCGUUCCUCGCUCCUGGGCUGGAGGCUGGGGGAGCGGGGCCUGCAGGAGGCCGCCCGCACCUCCAGCGCCCUCAGACCCGCAGGCUUUUACCGACACCCGGCCUUCCUUUGUCUCUCCUCCCAGGAGUCCAUGAGUGCGAGUCUGCGGACUUGCUACCUGUACCUGAACCAAACCAGCAGGAGUUUUGCAGCUGUGAUUCAGGCGCUGGACGGGGACCUGAGACAUGCGGUGUGUAUUUUCUACUUGGUGUUACGAGCGCUGGACACCGUGGAGGACGACAUGAGUAUCCCACUGGACAAGAAGGUCCCCAUGCUGAAUGAUUUCCACACCUACCUGUACCAGGACAAGUGGUGCUUCACUGAGAGCCGGGAGAAAGACCGACAGGUUCUGGAGGAUUUCCCCACGAUAUCACUGGAAUUCAGAAACCUCGCUCAGGAGUACAGAGACGUCAUCUCAGAUAUCUGCCACCGUAUGGGAGUGGGAAUGGCUGAAUACCUGGAAAAGAAAGUUGGAUCCAUGAAAGAGUGGGACCUGUACUGUCACUACGUGGCCGGGCUGGUCGGUGUCGGUCUCUCUCGGCUGUUCUCUGCGUCCAAGCUGGAGGACCCAGAGGUGGGGCGAGACACCGAGCUGGCCAACUCUAUGGGCCUGUUCCUCCAGAAGACGAACAUCAUCCGAGACUACCUAGAGGACACGCAAGAGGGACGUGCCUUUUGGCCAAAAGAGGCUUGGAGUCAGUUUGCAGGUCGUCUGGAGGACUUGGCUCAGCCGGAGAAGCUGGAAUCAGCUCUCUCCUGUCUCAACCUGCUGGUCACCGAUGCACUUCGACACGUCCCAGAUGUCAUCGCCUACCUGUCCCGUCUGCGCAACCAGAGCGUCUUCAAUUUCUGUGCCAUUCCUCAGGUGAUGGCAAUAGCGACACUGUCAACGUGCUACAACAACCCCAUGGUGUUCCAGGGAGUGGUGAAGAUCAGAAAGGGACAGGCUGUCACACUCAUGAUGGAAGCCACCAACAUGAGAGCCGUGCAGACCAUCAUCACCCAGUACAGCCAGGAGAUUUUACAGAAGGUCUCCCUCAAUGAUCCCUCAAGGGACAAGACCCUGCACAUCCUGGCUCUAAUCCAAGAGAAAUCCGCCCUGUCACAGUCCAGCCUUCCCUCCAGGACCCACCACCUGUCGCCCAUGUACCUGUCUGCUGCCAUGCUGCUCGCCGCCCUCAGCUGGCAGUACCUCAGCACCACCGCAGCACAGGCACAGGGCACCGGCGACAUGCAGGGACAGUGAAAUCAAUCACACUCAACUUUCCUGGGGCCCACAGACUCAGAAAGCACCGGAGGUCCUGUUCUCCUUCGACUAGAGGAAUCUGAAGCACGUCUUCCCACUUGUCCUCUUUGUUAUUAUUGGCCACUAACAAAACCAUGGAGAUAUUUAGACUAUGGAGGGGUUUUGGUAGCAGGCUGGGGUUAAUUAGGAUUUGAUAGUGAUUUACAGUAACUUAUCCUGCAUCUGGAUAAAUUAUUUACACACAGUGUUGUGUGGUUAUACUCACCAGCAUAAAUGACACAUUAUAACAAUUCAGGGUGUUUUGUUGUUUGACAUUCAUGUUGAUGGUGUUCUCUUUUUAGUUUGAUUUGUUCUAAACAUUUUGACCCUUUGAAGUGAGCGAAAUGGUUCAGCAUAUUGAAUAUUUCAAGAUAGGAAGUAAUGGGUUUUUUUUUCAUUAAGUGUGUUGAAAUGCACAGCAUGUGACGCUGCCCAUUUUAGGUCUUGGGAGGGAACACUGUCACCGGACUUCAUUGUUUAAUUUUGUGUCAAAUAGAAAGCUAGCUUAAUAUUCAUCGUGCUAAUAUGUUUCUACAAGAGAAACAUGCAAAUGAAAUGUUAUACUUAGAUGACAGCACCCACUCUCAGGAGAGCUUAGUUUCAACACUUCUGUGUCUGUGUUGUGUUUCAACUUUUUGUCCUUGUGAAAUAGGGGGGAAAGAACAGUGCAAUUCCAAGAUAGUUUUGACAUGGACUGUUUAAAUGAAUGAGGAACAAAUGUAAUUCCUGAUAUGUUUGAUAUGUGAAAGAAACGCUUAAUGAGACCGCUAGCUGAAGUGUCCUUAACACAGCUUUGGUGAGUAGAAAGGCUAGCACAGAGUAACCUUGUACAGAACCAAAGGAGAGCUAUAAACAUUGCUAUGUAAUGUGAAAUGUUGAUUUGUACAUAUUUGAACAAAUAAAGGCGCGAAUGAAUCUGAA